AUGCAAGCGAGUAUCGCAUAUCCCUGUCCCACCUACUAUAAAAUCUACAGCACAACCAAGCCUCACCAAGCCUCACCACCACUCACUCUCACCCACCAGACCUUUCUCCUCUUCAACCCAAUUCCAUCCACAACAAUCAUGACCACAACAACGAUGAAGCACCUCCUCCCCCUCCUUACUCUCUCCCUAUCCCCCCUCACAGCCGCCCACUUUGCCCUCAACUACCCUGCACCCCGCGGUGACAAUGCCGAAGAAAUGACCGCCUUCCCCUGCGGCGCCUUCACCAACCCCUCCUCAAACCGCACGCAAAUUUCCCUCUCAGACCCCACCUUCCCCGUCGAAAUCGACCUCGGCCACGAUCAGACCGCCGUCGAGUUCCUCCUCGCAGUCGGAAACGAGCCUGGCGACAACUACAACAUCACGCUCCGCCAAACGUUCCGCGUCGAGGGGCUCGGCGAGUUCUGUAUUCCGAGUAUCGAGCUCAGCGAGGAGGUUCUCGGUGUGGAGCUUGUUGAUGGGUUGAAUGUUACACUGCAGGUGCAGACAAAUUCGCAUCCGAGUGGCGGGUUGUAUUCUUGCGCAGACCUAACCCUAACAUCCGCGACAAUCCAGCCCCCCUCCAACUCCGUCUGCAGCAACAACACCGGCGUAACCGCAACAUACUUCACCGGCGCCGCGGCAGAGCGCCACGCAAACGCCUCAACCCCCGAGGGAGAGGCGCAGAGCGAGUCGGAUGACGAGCACUCGGAUCAUGACCAUGGUAGUGACGAGGAGACCACGGGCAAUGAGACGAGCACUGCGGAUUCUCCCGAGGAGACGGAUGGUGCGGCGGGGGUGAGGGCGGCGGUUGGGUGGGUUAGUCUUGGGGCUGUUGUUGUUGGGGGAUUAUUUGCUUUGUAG